AUUGGAGAAGAAAAGUCCGUCGCCGGUGAUCGGCGGGAAAAGCAACGUUGGGGUUUUUUCAUGCCGAAUCCCAAGACGGAGAGAACGAGAAGACUCGAUUCCCCAUUACGCCAAGUCCACCCUUUUGGACAAUCAAAACUAUUUUUAUAUUCUUCCUUCCUUCCUUACUUCCUUUGCAUGCUUGCUUGCUUGCUUGAUCUCUUCCAUUACAGUUGAAAACAGAGUAACCUAAACUGGACAUGGAUUUCUCUCAUCAGGUCUGAAAACUUAACGAAUCACGUCCACGAGCUUCGAUGAUGAUGAUGAUACCGCCCGUUCUCUCGUUUGUUCUGUUUCUACUAGCUUCUCCGGCCUACUCAUUCUAUCUUCCAGGAGUUGCCCCUCGCGAUUUUCAGCCGGGGGAGACUCUUGAGGUGAAAGUGAAUAAGCUUUCCUCAACAAAAACACAACUCCCGUAUGACUAUUACUCCUUACCUUAUUGCAAGCCCUCUAAAAUCAUUAACAGUGCAGAGAAUUUGGGGGAAGUUCUAAGAGGUGACCGUAUUGAGAACUCUGUUUAUACUUUCAAAAUGAUGGAAGAGAAGUUUUGUGUUGUUGCUUGUCGAGCUAAACUGGAUGCUGGAUCGGCAUUCAAAUUCCGAGAGAAAAUUGAGAACGAUUAUCGCGUCAACAUGAUUUUGGACAAUCUUCCGGUUGCAGUUCGCUGGCAAAGAGAAGAUGGUAAUCUGAAUAAGGUGUUUUAUGAACAUGGAUUUAGGGUUGGGUUGAAAGGGCAGUAUGUUGGGGCUCCAAGCAUGGUUGAAAAGUAUUUCAUCAACAAUCACCUAAGUUUUAAAGUGAAGUACCACAAUGAUCCCGAGUUUGAAUCUGCUCGUAUUGUUGGUUUUGAGGUCAUUCCAAAUAGCAUUCAUCAUGAUCCAAGUAAUUGGGAUGAUGAAAAGAAUCCUCAGCUUGUAACUUGUAACACCAACACCAAAACCAACAUUCAACCAAGCACAGUCCCUCAAGAGAUUGAAGAAGGAAACGAGAUCAUCUUCACAUACGACGUUUUGUUUGAGCCUAGUGACAUAAAAUGGGCUUCACGAUGGGAUACAUAUCUUCUCAUGAACGACGAUAGAAUCCACUGGUUCUCGAUAAUCAACUCUUUGAUGAUUGUCCUUUUCCUAUCGGGAAUGGUGGCUAUGAUAAUGCUCAGGACCGUGUAUAAAGACAUUGCCUAUUACAACGAACUAGACUCCCAAGAAGAAGCCCAGGAAGAAUCCGGUUGGAAACUCAUACAUGGAGAUGUUUUUCGCCCACCUGAUAACCCGAGUUUGUUGUGUGUUUAUGUCGGAACCGGGACCCAGCUCUUGGGAGUAACACUUGUCACACUCCUAUUCGCUAUGCUUGGCUUCCUUUCACCUUCCAACCGAGGUGGACUAAUGACGGCCAUGGUUAUAUUGUGGGUAUUAAUGGGCUUGUUUGCAGGCUUCUCCGCUUUGAGAUUGUUCAAAAUCUUUAAAGGAGAUGGUAAUUGGAAGAGAAUCUCGUUGAAGACUGCUAUUUUAUACCCUUCGAUUCUUUUCUCGAGUUUCUUCAUCUUGAACGGUUUAAUUUGGGGAGAGAAGUCUUCAGGAGCUGUUCCAUUUGGGACAAUGUCUGCAUUAGUCCUCUUAUGGUUCGGUAUCUCGGUUCCGUUGGUUUUUGUUGGCGGAUAUUUGGGUUAUAGGAUGACGGGUAUAGACCCUCCCGUUAAAACAAACAAAAUCCCAAGACCGAUUCCUCAUCAGCCGUGGUAUCUAAACCCUCCUUUCCCCAUUCUUCUAGGAGGAAUUCUCCCGUUUGGUGCGGUUUUUAUCGAGCUUUUCUUCAUACUCACGUCCAUUUGGCUGAACCAAUUCUACUACUUCUUCGGGUUUCUUUUCGUCGUGUUUAUGAUUCUUAUGGUGACUUGUGCGGAGAUGGCUAUCGUUUUGUGUUAUUUUCAGUUGUGUAGUGAAGAUUACUAUUGGUGGUGGAGAUCUUACUUGACUGCUGGCUCUUCGGCAUUUUACCUUUUUGUUUACUCGAUUUUUUACUUCUUCAGUAAGCUGCAGAUUACGAAGAUGGUUUCGGGUAUUUUGUACUUUGGGUAUAUGUUGAUAGGGGCGUUCACGUUUUUCAUUUUGACGGGCACAGUUGGGUUCUAUGCUUGCUUUUGGUUUGUUUGGAAGAUUUACUCUUCGGUAAAGAUUGAGUAGUUUCUUUUUCUCUUCAAUUCAACUUCAAGAUUUACCACGAAGUUACUUUCAUCUUGUUGAUCUGUUGUAAUUUCCUCUUUUUAUAAUUACUUGGUAGUUUUGAAAUGAAAUGGUUUGUUA